AUGACUCAAGCCAACGGCGUCCAGAAGUCCCUACCAUCCGCACUGCCCUUGGUGCAGAAGCUUUCUAAGGACCAUGAUCUGGUUCUCAAGACCUUCCGUCUGCUCAUUGCCGACCUGUGCCAGCAGUUUAGCGGUGGCCACCCUGGUGGUGCCAUUGGCAUGGCGGCCAUUGGUGUGUCGUUGUGGAAGUACGCCAUGCGCUACGCCCCGCAUACCCCGGACUUUUUCAACCGGGAUCGCUUCAUUCUUUCCAACGGCCACACCUGUCUUUUCCAAUACAGCUUCCUGCACCUUACUGGUUACAAAGCCAUGACCCUUGACCAGCUCAAGUCCUACCACUCGGAUCGUGUUGAUGCGUUGUGUCCUGGCCACCCCGAGAUCGAACACGAGGGAAUCGAGGUCACGACCGGUCCGCUGGGUCAGGGAAUUGCCAACGCCGUCGGUUUGGCCAUGGCGACGAAGAACCUGGCUGCUACUUACAACCGCCCCGGGUUCGAUGUGGUCAACAACCACACCUGGUGCAUGAUUGGCGAUGCUUGCUUGCAGGAGGGGGUUGGACUUGAAGCCAUCUCUCUUGCUGGUCACUUCCGUCUGAACAACCUGACCGUCAUCUACGAUAACAACCAGAUCACCUGCGACGGAUCGGUCGACCUUACUAACACCGAGGAUGUGAAUGCUAAGAUGCGCGCCUGUGGCUGGGAUGUGAUUGAUGUCCAGGAUGGCUGCUUUGACAUCGAGGGCAUUGUGCGUGCUCUGGAGCAUGCUCGCGCCUCGACAGAGAAGCCCACCUUCAUCAACGUCCGCACCGUCAUUGGUCUGGACAGCGCUGUUGCGGGCACCGCCACUGCUCACGGUGCUGCCUUUGGUGUGAACAACGUUGCAGAGAUGAAGAAGCUCUAUGGAUUCAACCCCGAGGAGCACUUCGUCAUCGGCGACACUGUGCGCCAGUUUUUCCAGGAUCUCCCCGCCCGUGGUGAGCAAUGGGUGCAGGAGUGGAAUCAACUUGUCAGCGACUACACGGCUCAGAACCCCGAACUCGGCGCCGAGUUCCAGGCUCGUGUGCAUGGCGAUCUGCCCUCCGACUGGAAACAGCACAUUCCCACUUCUUUCCCUGAGAAGGCCACUGCCUCUCGUGCAUCCUCCGGCCUUGUAUUCAACCCUAUCGCUAAAGAAGUCAAGAGCUUCAUUGUGGGAACGGCCGAUCUGUCCCCGUCUGUGAACAUGAUCUGGCCUGGCAAGGUGGACUUCCAGCAUCCUGAUCUGCGCACCACUUGCAACAUCAACGGCAAUUACUCUGGCCGCUAUAUCCACUACGGUGUCCGUGAGCAUGCGAUGGCCGCCAUCUCCAACGGCUUGGCCGCAUAUGCGCCUAACACCAUUGUCCCUGUGACGUCUUCUUUCUUCAUGUUCUAUCUGUACGCUGCUCCCGCUGUCCGCAUGGGUGCCCUGCAGCAUCUCCAGAUUAUCCACGUUGCCACCCACGACUCCAUUGGCAUGGGUGAGGAUGGUCCCACUCACCAGCCCAUUGAGCUGGCCGCUCUGUACCGCGCCAUGCCCAACUUGCUUUACAUCCGUCCCGGUGAUAGCGAGGAAACUGCGGGUGCCUGGAUCGCUGCUAUUGAGGCCAAGAAGACCCCGAGUAUCAUCUCGACUUCCCGCCAGGGCCUUCCGCAGCUCUCGCAGACACACGAGUCCGCCGUUGUGACCCUGAUUGGUGUGGGAGCCGAGCUCUCGUUUGCUCUGGAGGUGGCCGCGAAGCUCAAGGCCCAGGGCAUUGCGUCGCGCGUGAUCAGUUUCCCUUGCCAGCGCUUGUUUGAACAGCAGUCGCUCGAGUAUAAGCGCGACGUUCUGCGCCGUCACCGCGGUAUCCCUGCCGUGGUGAUCGAGCCUUAUGCCCCCAAUGGCUGGGAGCGCUAUGCGGAUGCCGGUAUCUGCAUUAAGCGCUUCGGUCACAGUCUGCCCGGCAAGGCGGCCUACAAGUUCUUUGGUUACGAGAUCAACGCUUUGACGACUAAGGUGGCGGGCUACCUGAGCCAGCUCAAGGGCGAUGAGCUCCUCUGCCACGAGUUCGUGGAGCUGUGA